AUGACUCUAUACUUAUAUUCUUUAUUAACUGAAACACCUCAAUUAUUUAAUAAACCAUUUUUAUCUCAAAAUCCAAAAGAUUUUUGGUCAAAAAGAUGGCAUCAAAUGUAUAGAUCAAGUUUUACAGAACUUGGUUAUUUUCCUAUAAUUAAUUUUUUUGAAAAAUUUAAUCAUUCAUCAUUAAGAAUAACAUUAUUUAAUUAUAUUAAUUCUAUUGAAAAAUUUCAUUUAAUAUUACUUCGAAAUUUUGGUUCUUUAUUAGGUUAUAAAAUAUUAAAGAGUAAAAAAAUUCAAAAAGAUGAAGAAAUUUUAAAGAAUGAUCAAAUUUCUAAAAAAAUUUUAUUAUCAACAUUUAUUAUUAAUAAUGAAAUUUCAAGAGCUUUAGCUAUUUUAGGUAGUUUUCUUUGGAGUGGUAUAUUACAUGAAUAUUUAUUUAUAGGUUUAUUUGGGUGGAAUAAUAGUAAAGAUAUUGGAGGUUAUAUUAUGAAAAAAUAA